UUGAAAAAUAGUUUAUUAUAAUAAUUCUUUUUAUUGAUGUACGCGUCCAUCAACAAUGAAUUCAAAUGAAAAACAACAAACAAACAGUGAAUUGAUUUUAAAAACCGAAGAAUACGAUACUUCCGACGGCGGACAACAAUUAUCGCCUUAUCAAACUGCAUCACCUCCUCCACCGCUGCCGCCGCCACCGCCGCACUCGUCGCUGUCAUCGUUUAAUUCUGUCCAAUCCCAAUCCCUAGCAAGUGUUAAUCGUCUAGUGAAUUUCAAUAAUAAUUUAACGGUCAAUUGUCAGUUAAAAGAAGAUAAUAGUAAUUUGGCAUCACCAAAAUUGGAACCAUCAUCAUCAUCAUCAUCUUAUAAUUGUCAAUCAUUAUUAUCCUCUUCGUCACCACCAUUAGACAGCAGAAUGCCUAUCGCUGCUCCAGUUGAGAUGCAGUCAUCAGCUGCCGGAACAACACCAGGCCAGCAUUCAAUGUCACCAUCUUUGCCACCUCAAUCGACAAAUGGUCACCACAAUUCCAGUGAUCAACUUUUAAAUAAUACACGACGGAUGACAUCGAUUUUAGGAGGCUAUGGGCUCGUUCCACCUGGUAUUCUGGGACCUCUAGAUCAUUAUCGUUUACAAUUGUACAGCUAUGCUAUGAAUGUUGAGCGAUUACGAGCAGGUCCGCAGCAACAAUAUCCGGGCCCAUUGUAUGCGUCAGGUUAUCCGGGUUCACCGGGAGGUCCCGUCGGCAAUGGGCCAUAUGCGCCAACACGAUUUGCUCUCUCGAUGGGACUUUUUCCAAAUAGAAUGUUCCAACCGGAAGAACCAAAACCGCAACACAGUUAUAUUGGAUUGAUAGCAAUGGCGAUAUUAAGCUCGCCGGAAUCAAAACUGGUCUUGUCGGAUAUUUAUCAAUAUAUUCUCGAUAAUUAUCCAUAUUUCCGAAGUCGAGGUCCUGGCUGGCGGAAUUCGAUACGCCACAAUCUGUCGUUAAAUGAUUGUUUUAUUAAGGCAGGUCGUAGUGCAAAUGGUAAAGGCCAUUAUUGGGCAGUGCAUCCGGCUAAUUUGGAUGAUUUUCGAAAAGGUGACUUCCGACGGCGCAAAGCCCAGCGUAAAGUUCGAAAGCAUAUGGGUUUAGCCGUCGACGAUGAAGGCACCGAUUCGCCAAGCCCCCCACCAUUGGCAAUAACACCACCACCAAUGGCACCUCCACCCCAUGCAGGGACAUCUCAAACGACAACAGCAGCUGGGGUCAUAGCUAAUCUUUACUCACAGACCAGAAAAAGACAAUUUGAUGUGGCAUCGUUAUUGGCCCCCGAUGACACUACUCCUGACCACCAUGAGCAUCAUCACCACCAUCAUCAUCAUCAUCCGCAAUCACCGUACAAAGGUCACCAUCUGCCAUUGAUGAUGAGCAAACAGCGAAUUCCGCUCACUGAGGAUGAAGAUAUCGAUGUUGUUGCUAGUGAUGUGGACGACGAACAAGAGCAUAUUCUGCGUGUCGACGAGGAUCAUCCUUAUAGUAAUCACCGUUCGCCGAAUAAUCAUCAUCAUCAUCAAUAUCAGCGAAUUAAUAUUCAUCAGGGAAAAGAAGCUGCGAAUAAUUCUUCUUCGUCCUUUAGCCCACCACUCGACUUUAACAAUCGACCUGUUUAUCACCAGAAUUCCAGUAGUCCCCAUAGUCAGCCAUCGUCUGAUUUAACCGCCGCCGAUAUUCAAAGCAAUAAUAACAACAACAACAAUAACAAUCAAAAUUCCACCGCAGCCAAUUGGCAAGGACUAAUGCAACAUUGGCCCAAUGAAUUUGGAUCAGCGGCUGCAGCAGCUGCCGCUGCCGCCACCAUGGAUCCGCGAAUAUUCGGGCGUUACUACAGCCAAUAUAUGGCAGCGGCAGCGGCGCGUCGGGUAGCUGGAGUUUUUCCAGCAGCAGCGGCCGCCGCAGCAGCAGCUGCUGUAAUCGGUCAUCAACAUCAAAAUUCAGCAGCAAACAAACAGCAAUCGAAUGCAGCGGUAUCAACAUCCUUACAAAAACAACAACAACAACACAAGCAACAAUCAUAUGAAUGUUAGUCGAAAU